CCAACCCCCCACCAGUCAACGCGCUCCUUCCGCCUGCCCCACGCUGGGAGUUGCGCCUUCCUCACUGCUGCAAGCUCUCUAAUAAUAUCUGGCAGCUUCAACCGCACCCCCACAAUCUCCAACUCGGCCUCAUCCCACCACCACCACCACCCCACCUGAGGCACACAACACGACUCCCUCACAAUGCCUGACGGCAAGCAAGACAACGGCCAGGGCGCCAUCGUCUUCUUCCACCCCGACCUCGGCAUCGGCGGCGCUGAGCGGCUUGUCGUCGACGCCGCCGUCGGCCUGCAGAACCGCGGCCGUCGGGUCGUCAUCUACACCAACCACUGCGAUCCGAAGCACUGCUUUGACGAAUGUCGCGAUGGCACCCUCGAAGUCCGAGUCCGCGGCCACUGGCUCAUCCCCAUGUCGAUUCUCUCCCGCCUCACCAUCCUCUGCGCCAUCCUCCGCCACAUCCACCUCAUCGUCCACAUCACCGUCUCCGGUGAAUUGAGCGCGCUGCAACCCCGCGCCUUCGUCAUCGACCAGCUCUCUGCCGGCCUGCCUCUGCUGCGCUACCUCUUUCCCGCGCAGCCCAUCCUCUUCUACUGCCACUUCCCCGACCUGCUGCUCGCCCGCGGCCGCGAGUCGGCCCUCAAGCGCCUCUACCGCGUGCCCUUCGACUGGAUCGAGCAGUGGAGCAUGAGCUUCGCGCAAGCCGUCGCCGUCAACUCCGAAUUUACAAAGGGUAUCGUCGCUCGUGCUUUGCCGGGGCUGAAGAACAAUGUCGAGACAAAGGUCGUCUAUCCCUGCGUUGAUAUCGAGCCCAAGGAGGACGAAAUCACACUGGAUGAAAAUGUAUUCAAGGACGAGAAGCUCAUCCUCAGCAUCAACCGUUUCGAGAGAAAGAAGGAUAUUGCUCUGGCCAUCAAAGCCUUUGCUGCUAUUCCCCAGGACCAGCGCAAGGGAGUGCGACUCGUCCUCGCAGGUGGCUACGAUCACCGCGUCUCCGAGAAUGUCCAAUACCACAACGAGCUCCAAGAACUCGCCUCCUCCCUCAACCUGGAGCACACCACCGCCAAAACGCUCAUCACCGCCCUCUCCGCCCCGGUCUCCAUCCCUGUCCUCUUCCUCCUCUCCAUCCCCAACUCUCUCAAGGCCACACUCCUCCGCUCCGCCCGCGUGCUUGUAUAUACCCCCGCGAACGAGCACUUUGGCAUCGUGCCCCUCGAGGCCAUGCUCGCCCGCACCCCCGUUCUGGCCGCCAACUCAGGCGGUCCCGUCGAGACCAUCCGCGACGGCGAAACUGGCUGGUUGCGCUCCCCCGAUGACGUAUCCGCCUGGUCGGACGUCAUUCUGCGGGCCCUUGCCAUGUCUGAUGCUGAGCUGGCCCGCAUGGGCGACAGCGGUGCGACGCGAGUACGGAGCCUUUUUGGCCGGGACCACAUGGCUGCCCGGUUCGACACCAUUAUCAAUGAGAUUGUAGGACAGAAGCGUUCUCUAUCAAUCUUCAACACCAUUGUCAAUGCCGCCGCUCUUAUCACCUUUUUUACUCUGGGUCUAGUCAUCUCUAGCGUUUAUGCGCGAGGGGGAACUUCGGUUUCUGAAUAGUCGAUUUGUUGUGUACGAUAGAUGUACGACUUGCUAGAUAGGCACCUAGGUAGUAACCGCGUCGGAAUAAUAGCUACAUGGCCACGGCCUGUAGAAGUACCAACACAUACCCUAGUCUCAUUGAACU